CGACCUUUAUCGUUGGAAAAAGGAAAAAAAAAGAAAGAAGAAAGAAGCAAGAAGUAAGAAAGUGUGAAGAUGUAGAUACCGGUGUGAAGAAGCAUGAAGCCAUUCUUGGGUGACCGCGAUGGAAUGUUGGAACGGUACAGGUCUUAGGUCUUAGGUCGAUUCUGUAUAGGCAAUAAUCGCGAUAAAUAGAUGAAGGGUGUCGCGAUAUAUCAGUGAGAAGGAUUGUGUUAUGGUGGUGAGGACCGUUCAGGAUAGACGUGGAAGAAAAAGAGGAAGAAGAAGAAGAGAGGGUGGCGAAGGUGGAGCGGGUUUCUUUUGAGGAACCGCUUCUUGGAAGAGAGAGAGAGAGAGAGAGAGAGAAGAAGAAGGAAGAAAGGAAGAAGAGCGAAGAAGACGGAGGAUUGGAAGAACGAGAUCGGGCUUGAUUUGACAGAUUGCCGAAUGAUGGAUGCAGCCAGAUCGUGCCAAUGGAUAUUAAUAGGAAUACUCCUCGUCAUCUCGUCGAAUCGUGCCACCGGUCGUGCCGGAUCGAUAUCGGGAUCGAGCAAAUCGAAGACGAUCUUCAAUCCCGGUUACAUGGAGGCACGUAGCAACGAUGGGAAUCGCACCGAGUUAACCCUGAAUUCGCCCCGUAGACGCCGAUACGUCCGAUUUCCAACCGGUCCCGCCGGUUAUCUGUUCGAGGGUGGCGGUCCCCCGAUAGGGAGGAACAUAGGUUUACACCCUGGGGUACGUUUCCCAUCGUGGAGGCAGCACAAAUCGGCCUGGAGGAGUCCCAUCUCGGAGUACAACAGGCCUGUGAUGGGCCAUCGCACGCCACGCUUGAUCUUCCGCGACAAUGACUUUCCACCCCCGGUGGGCGGCAGUGCACCCUCCUCGUUCUUUCAACAGUCCAACCACUUGCCGGAUUUCGAGGAUGACGCGAGAGAUCAUCGAAAGCAAACCCUCGACGAUUAUCCUAGGUUAGAGUCAGAGCCGCGUCAACAAAAAAGACCGCUGUGGAAGGGUGACGAUACGUUGUGCGGUGACGGACGAAGCUGCGAAUUUUUUCUAAUGUGCUGGAUGUCCGCUGGCCUUUUGGACGGCAGUUGCGGCGGCAUCAUGUUCGCUUGUUGUCAGAGGAGAGAGCCGAAAGGCAGCUCCUCCGAUUAUAACCUGAUUGAGGCACCUAGAGAUCAGUCUCAGCCGCUUUCGUUGGAUACUUACACGGAGACAGUCAACGACGAUCGCUGCGGAAUACCUGCCUCGAAGCAGACCGCGCAGAGAAGGAUCGUGGGAGGCGACGACGCGGGGUUCGGCAGUUUUCCAUGGCAGGCUUACAUAAGAAUCGGAUCGAGCCGAUGCGGAGGCACCCUCGUCAAUCGAUUCCACGUAGCCAAGGCGUCGGCGCGUCAAGUCCAGGUCACCCUCGGCGAUUACGUCGUCAAUUCGGCGAGCGAGACGCUGCCCGCUUACACGUUCGGGGUCAGGGAGAUACGCGUUCACCCUUACUUCAAGUUCACGCCUCAGGCUGACAGGUUCGACGUAGCCGUUCUUCGAUUAGAUCGACCGGUGCAUUACAUGCCUCACAUAGCGCCGAUUUGUUUGCCCGAGAAGAACGAGGAUUUUUUGGGCCAGUAUGGUUGGGCCGCUGGAUGGGGCGCUUUGCAGGCUGGAUCGAGGCUACGGCCCAAGACCCUUCAAGCUGUGGACGUGCCCGUGAUAGAUAAUCGGAUAUGCGAGAGGUGGCACCGAUCCAAUGGGAUUAACGUGGUGAUUUACGACGAGAUGAUGUGCGCCGGUUACCGCGGAGGUGGGAAGGACUCGUGCCAAGGUGACAGCGGUGGCCCAUUGAUGCUGGAGAAGACGGGACGAUGGUACUUGAUAGGGAUCGUCUCGGCGGGUUACUCGUGCGCGCAGCCAGGCCAGCCAGGAAUCUAUCAUCGAGUUGCGAAAACGGUCGACUGGAUAACGUACGUUAUCAACUCGUAGCGGAACGAAAUGAUCGGAAAGGGAUAGAGAUCGUUCUCUCUGUAAAAGCUUUGCAUGAAACAAAGUUUACAA